AUGAAGACGACGAUGAAAAGAAGAAGAAGAAGAAGAAGAAGAAGAAGAGGAAGAAGAAAUUACAAAUACGCCAGUUGUUUCGAAAUCAUCCUUCUACUUAUCGGUAUUCUCUGCGCUGUGAUUCAGGGCUCAGCUCUCCAGGGGCCUUACGUCAUCAUGUCUGAUACUAUAGAUUCUUACGCCGAGUAUCUAAGAUGUAAAAAAAUAGUAGAAAACCAGACGGACAGCGGAGGAAGUGAGGCCAACACGAGCAGCUUAGUCUACGAUUUCCUAUCCGAACUAACUCGGUGGCCGUACGUCCUCGAGCAUCACCGCCACCAACACCACCAAUUUUUCAACAAAUUCAACCAAGACAACAACAACAACAACAACAACAACGUAACCAAAAACAUUACACUCGAGGAAUGUAGAAAGAAGGUCAGCGAUUCAGCUGUGAGGGUCUCAAUAGGAAUCUCAAUUGUGGCGGUCGUCAUCAUCGUCAACUACUACCUCCACGUCUUCCUCUUCACAAUCGUCGCCGAUCGUCUCACCAGAAGAGUUCGUCUCCUGGCCUUUGAAAAUAUUUUGAGACAGAACAUCGGCUACUUUGAUGUGCAUCUAGGCGGAGAACUUAACACUAGGCUGACGCAGGAUGUGACGAAAUAUGAGAUCGGUAUCGGGAAUAAAGUAAGUAUGAUGCUCUCCUGGUUCUCUGCAUUUAUCGCCGGAUUAGUAAUCUGCCUAAUCAACGAGUGGAAGUUGACGCUGUUCAUGUGCGUGCUGCUGCCUGUGGCUGCUGUCGUCAGUGCCGUUACCACCAGGCUGAUGAAGAUAUACGCGGAACGUGAGAUGAAUGCAUACGCUAAAGCAGGGGGAGUGGCAGAGGAAGCUCUGAUGAACAUCAGGGUGGUCACUGCAUUCGCUGGACAGGAUAAAGAAUGUGCCAGGUAUGGAAAGCUUUUAGAAGAAGCGCGUAAAAUUAGUGUGAAAUCGGCGAUAGCUUCAUCAUUUGGACAGGGAGUUCCCUGGUUUCUUACCUUCACAAUAGCAGGCAUUACUAUUUUCCUAACCGGAUCAAUGAUAAGUAAAGGGAAUAUCAACCCAGGGUUCAUGUUUGUUUUAUUAGGCUGCAUGAUGCAGGGUUUGAGAGCACUCGGUUUUGGCACUGCUCUGCUUGAAUACGUCUUCGACUCGCAAGGUGCCGCGUUUGGCAUCUACGAAAUCAUCCGAGCAAAAACUGAAAUAGAUAGCAGUGACAAGAGCGGUGAGAAGCUGGAGAACGUUCGAGGCCUCGUAUCCUUUGAAAACAUCCACUUCAGGUAUCCGGCCCGGAAAGAUGUUCCGGUCUUGAAGGGCCUUACUUUGCAGAUCAAACCUGGUCAAAGUGCGGCCCUUGUGGGGCCCAGCGGUUGCGGCAAGAGUACAACAAUACAACUUCUGCAAAGGUUUUAUGACCCAGACGAAGGCCUGGUGAAGUUGGACGGAGUGGACGUAAGGACCUUGAACAUAGCCUGGCUCAGAGGGCAGAUCGGGGUCGUUUCGCAAGAUCCAGUCCUCUUCGCUACGACCAUUGAGGAAAACAUUAGGUUCGGCAACCCGGACGCUACGUUUGAAGAGAUCGAGAAAGCAGCUAGAGAAGCUGACGCUCACUCCUUCAUCAUGAACCUACCCGAAAAAUACGACACGAAACUAAACGAGCAAGGCACGGAGCUGAGCAGAGGUGAGAAACAGAGAAUCUCACUUGCCAGGGCUCUUGUAGGCCAGCCAAAAAUUCUCCUCCUCGAUGAAUGUACCUCGGCUCUCGAUAACGAAAGUGAAGCUGCCGUCCAAGCUGCCCUGGAUAAGGCGGCGAAAGGUAGAACGACGAUCAUCAUAGCCCACAGGUUGUCGACAGUUAAGGAAUGCGACGUGCUGUUUGUGGUCGACAGGGGGGUGGUUUCAGAGUUUGGAAGCCACAAGGAGCUGCUGGCGAGGAAAGGCCUCUACCACAAACUGGUGUCCACUCAGCAAGAGAACAACAAAUCAAAACUCGAGACUCUCCUCUCACCGACUCAUUCGCGGGCACUUCGCGAUAUUUUCUCUCUGAACGGCCAGCAGUGGUACCUGCUGUUUCUGGGCGUCGUUGGGGGGCUCAUCCUUGGAACCACCUGGCCCAUCUACUCCCUCAUGAUGAGCUACGUCAUUGGGCUAUUCAUGUUGAAAUACUUUGGCGAAUCGUUAACAUUGAUUGUAAGGGGUAAAGCUUACAGAGCCAUGUUGCAUCAGGAGCUUGCUUGGUUCGACCAAACGACCAACCAAGUUGGAUCUCUAACCAGUCGGCUUGCUGACGAAGCCACUAGAAUAAAAAUGGCUACAGGUAACACGAUUUUAUACCUUGCGGCUGCAGUCUCAAGUGUCAUAUGCAGCGUUCUCGUUGCCCUAAUCUCAUCGCCGCAGUUGGGGCUUGCUGUCCUACCCCUUAUGCCCCUUACGAUCACGGCCGGGAUCAUACAGGGCUACAUGAACACCACCUAUGAGAAAAAAAGUCAUGCCAGAACGGAAGCUAGUGGCCGGGUAGCUUCAGAGGCCAUAGAUAAGAUAAGGACAAUUGCAUCGCUAAGGAAGGAAGAAUAUUUUUUGCAGAGCUAUAAAUCUCAUUUCAAUUCCAUGAAGAAGGAAGCGAAGCAUAGAGCGAACAUCAUAGGCCUGUCCCAGUCAUUCGUCUGGUUCUGCAGCUGCAGUAUCGAGAUCGUAAGUGUCGGUUUCGGUAUGUGGCUCGUUUCUCAGGAAAUUACCGAGUUUGAAGUCGUCUUCCGGUUUGUAGUGACCGCCUGUCACGGCGAACUUGAACUCUCCGACGUGACCUUUGGCUAUCCGACGAGGCCAGAGAUAAGGGUGCUCAAAAACUUUUCCCUAGCUGUCAAAAGGGGACAAAGUGUGGCCGUUGUUGGGCCAAGCGGUGGCGGGAAAUCGACGGUGGUCCAGUUAAUUGAGAGGUUCUACGAUGUCGCAAACGGAAGUGUGAAAAUGGACGGAGUGAAUGUGAGGAGGUUGAACUUGACCUGGUUACGUAGCCAGCUCGGUAUCGUCCUGCAAGAACCGAUUCUAUUCGGUAUAAGUAUCGCCGAGAAUAUCGCAUACGGUGACAACACUAGACAAGUGCCGCAAGAAGAGAUUGAAGCGGCUGCCAGAGCUGCUAACAUUCAUGAAUUCAUUAUUUCGUUACCAUUGGGCUACGACACGAAUGUGGGAAGCAGGGGCACGCAGUUGAGUGGGGGCCAGAAACAACGGCUUUCCAUAGCCAGGGCUCUCUUGAGAAACCCGAAAAUAUUAUUACUAGACGAUGCCACAUCUGCUCUCGACUCUCACAGCGAAUCGAUCGUAGAAGAAGCGCUACAAAAAGCGCGUGCAGGCAGAACGUCGAUCGUCAUCGCACAUCGCUUGUCUUCGAUUGUCAACGCUGACGUCAUACUCUACUUGAAGAAGGGCAAGGUCGUUGAGAGAGGAAGCCACGCCCACCUCAUGUCACUCAGGGGCAAUUAUUAUAAACUUUAUCUCGCAAAUUUAGGAAAUAAGAAAUGAUGAUUGCGAUUGCUGGGACUAUGCUGGUGGCGAUGAUGAUGAUUGUGAUGAUGGUGUUGGCAAUGAUCGUGAUGAUGACGAUGACAAAGUUGAUGGUGAUGAUGAUGAUGGUGGUGAUGAUGAUGAUGACGUAGAUUGAAUAAUUUACUGAGAAUAACGAUUUUAAUUUUUUUGAGAUCAUUUGUUUUGGUUCAUAUUUUGUUCGGCGGGUGGUUUAAAUUCUUUUCCAAAUAAAGGACAAAAAACGAA